CGUGUGUUGCUGAUACAUCAAUGACAUCAAUGUAUAUAUGUGUGUACCGUAUAUGUAAACAAGAUAGGAGCGUUACACGUGAGUUACAUAAGUGACAUGUGAUUACAACUUAGUUCCAUAAUGAAAUCUGCGACAUACUACAGCAAGACCCGAAUAUUAAUAUGUACCAUCUGUCUGUCUUCUGCUAUUCUCCUAAUUAUAUUGCUGUUUCCUAAGUCGACAGAACCAUUGUAUACACCCUUUGAAGGAAACCCACAUGAUGAGGAAAUAAUGACAAGAUUGAAUCAUGAAAAAGUUAGAAUGGAUAACGAACAGAUGGUCCGUAUAAUACGGGAGCAUUUUAUAGAGCCGCCAUCAACACGACCAUAUCAACUUGACAAUCCGGAAAAGUUGGAUUUCUCCAGUGGUCAAGCUCCAUUUGUUGACAACCGACUUGGUUUCAUGGAAGGUGGGUUUUACAUAGAAUGUGGUGCUUUGAAUGGAGAAAGAAGAUCAAACACACUGUUUUUUGAACGCCACAGAAAAUGGAAUGGAGUGUUAAUAGAAGCUGAUCCUUCUAAUUAUGCCGAACUUAAAAGAAAACACAGAAAAGCUUUUACAAUGAAUGCUUGUUUAAACCCAUAUCCGUAUCCUGCAAAGCUCAAAUUCAACAAAGCAUCCAACAUGGGACGAGUAGUUCAUGAUUUGUCAGUACAGAACUGGUUGAAGCAAUGGAAACUUCAAGAAAACAUGAUAGAGGUCCAAUGCUUUCCACUUUACUCAAUACUCCUCUCUCUCAAUCAGACGACAGUUGAUUUUUUUAGUCUGGAUGUUGAAGGUGAUGAACUGAGAGUCCUGAAAACAAUUCCUUUUGACAAAGUUAAUAUUAAAAUGGUGACUGUGGAAUAUAUUAACCAACCAGGCAGUGUUGGUGAUUUAAAUGAGUUCAUGGUCGAGAAAGGAUAUGAACCAUUGAUAAAGAUGCAUAAGGAUGAUGGAACAGUGACUGAUGUUAUAUACCAGAAAAAGUCUUGAUGUGUAGGUUUAAUUAGUGAGGACACGAUGUAAUCCAUUGGAGAAAGCAUUGCAGAAUAGCCUCAAUCAAGGGAAGAAAGGCAGUGAAUAUUACAAGGCAUUUAUUUCAUUGAAGGUUCAUUGUCAUCCAGGAAUCUAUUGAUCAACUGUUAUACAUGUGUUCUAUAGGUGCUCAUGAUUCAUUCAACUUUUUUUUAUUGGAGCAGAUUUAUGUACUGACUAAGUGACUGUGACAUAUCAUUAAAAUUUUUAAUUUUUUUUUUAUUAAAAUUGUUUAAUUGU